UGAAUGUCAGGAGAGUCUGCACAUAGAACAGUUCAUGACUCUGAAGAAGAUACAUGAAGUUGAAGCUAUGAGUCAGUUGGUCGCUGCAUUAGCUCGUGUGUCUCAAGCUGCUCACGUGGUUGAUGUCGGGGGCGGAAAGGGGUAUCCGACUUCCAUUCUGGCAUUGCAUUAUGGGUUCAGAAUUCUUGGAGUAGACUCCUCACAAGUAAACACUCAUGGUGCAGUCAAGAGGACCAUGAAGCUGGAGAUCUGCAAGGUAAUUCUCAACCAUGGAGGGGGAACACAGGAAGUCUCAGAAUAGUACGAAGAUCUCGGAGGGCGGUAGAUGUAACAGUGUUGAAAGUGGUACCACUUCUAAGCCCCAGUCACAAAGCAAGACUUUAUACAAACAGGUGACAAAAUUUGUAACACAACAGACAAGCCUCUGCAGCUUAGUUAAAGAACACUUUCACCCAGAAACGUGCGAGCAGAUGGCCCUUGCUGGACUUCAUACAUGUGGAGACCUUGCUCCUGACUGCUGUCGGAUAUUUUCCAGUAAAGAGGAGUUCAGCUGCUUGGGCAAUGUUUGUUGCUGUUAUCAUCUGCUGGAAGAAGAAUAUGUUCGCAGUCCAUUUUGGACUGAUGUGGAUCCUCAUUACCCAGAGGAGUGCUGUAUGGAUUCCCAGUGAGCCAGUUCGUGCAAAUGCAACAAUUUUCUUUAUGAUACAUAGUAAAUACACACAUUGAAGCUUCUGGUUGAUUGUGGAUUGGUGCAUGGGGGAUAAGCAGGAGCUGGAAGGUUUAUGAUCUGUGAAGCAACAGAUAUUAAUCCAGUAAAUAAUUGUAACGGUAUGAAAUAA